AUGCGGAAACCAGCGAGGUUUCUCAGCGCUUUGGUCUUCGGAAGCCUGAAAGCGCGUGCAGAAGUAUCGGAUGGAUUCGUCUUGUUACCAUCUCUGGUGGAAGCUGAAGCCUCCACGAGCUCACCUCAGGCUCAGAUGCCACGAGACUUGGCGGCUUGUGCUUUUUCAACUGUUCCGUUCUCGCGAGCGUGUGUUGUUAUCGAUCAGCAAGGACAAGGAUUGGACCUCCUUUCCAUGGGAUCAGAUUCCCAGAAAAUCGAUGACCUCGAGACAUGGGUGAUGUCUAUGGCUGGCAAAGGGGCAAUGGACAAUGCUACCGUGGGGUUCAUUGACCAGAUCCGACAGAUGGUUGAAGGUAUGAUACCCCAGGUAUUGAACCGGAGUGCAGCUUCGGUCCAGGAGUUGAGGCGAUUACUCGAGGCCUUCACACAUUGCCGUUUGGAAAAAGUACUCCAAGAGGACCUGGCAGAGCUGCAAGAACGCCACUUCUACUGCAGGGGAAACGAGAGCCGUCAGGCAAUCGCAACUGCAGAGGCCACUCAGACUUGGUCCGCCAGUGAUCUGGCAGCCUUGCUGCACUUGCUGCAAAAAUCUGUCAAACAGUCCGAGUGCACCAAGUUCGUGGCGAUAGACCAAAUCCCGUCCCAUGAUGAGUGUGGAGUGCCACAACAUCCUGACACGAUGCGGUACUACGCAGAGGCAUUGAGAAACAAGUUCAGAGACAAAUAUGACGAGUGGGUUCGAAGGAAAGAAAGCUGUGAUACGGCUGCCAACAGCACGGAGUCGCUUCGACUCAGGAAAGCUGCUUUGGAGGAGUCCUGCUUCAGCCACUUCGACACUCAUGGCAAGUGUCGAUUGCCAGGAGCAACAGCAGCAACUACGAGCCAUUUGCAAUUCGCUUCAGGAGUGGACGAGCUGGAUCAUCGCAUUUGUGGUGGAAAGGUUGCUGCAGAAAGGCGCUGCCACAGCUACGAGGAGUGCUACGAGCGAGCCCGGGUAAACUUUAUGGAGCAGAACAAGACAGUGGCAGCUUUGGAGAAAGAAAUGAAGCAGGAGUAUCGGGCAUUGAAGCGGAUCAUCUGCAUCCUCAAAGCCUUCGAAGGCGGUGUUGAAGAGAAGGAGCUGGAAGUGUGCAGAUCGAGAACUGUGAACCUUGAUCCUGUGGGCAUCGAGUGGACUCCCUUCAAGACUCUGCCGCCGCAGAUUACUUGUGACUCGGCCGUGUCGAUGUUGGACAUCACGAUGCAGCACGGCUACGGUGGCCGCUUGGAUGUGCAGAAAGCCAGCUGCGGAGAGGACGUGUUGCUUUGCAAAGGGUAUGGGAUGGGCAAUCGGCAAAAGCGGUCCCUUGUGCUUCUGCUCACCGGGUUCAUCGUUCCUGCGACUUCAACAUCAACGUGUGGCCGUGCUGCUUUUCCGGCCGCUUCAGGCCGCAAGCUCUUGCAGCUUGCCACACAACCAGGCGUUGAUGCUUCCAGUUCUGCUUCGGUAAUCGCUCGUGGUGCUCCGGGCUGCCCUUGCAUUGGCCUGGACCAACUAAGCGGGACGGUGAAGUCUGGAAGCAAGAAUUGGACCUCGGAGGUAUACCCCGCUAGCAUCGGCGCCCACUGUGACAUCUGGGACAAGUCUUGCAGGCCGAAUUCAGAUGCGUCCUGCCGGACGGAAUCGUGGUGCUUCGUGGAUCCAUGCAACUGCAACUUGUCAUCACGAGAACAUCCGAAGUGGCAAGGACUCCUCUGGCAAGGUCGCCCCGUGUACGCCUCUGCCGCAACCUGCACCUGGAACGAAGCCGGCAAAGAAGGUGGGCCUUUGCUUUCGGCUUGCGGUGCGAGCCAAUUCAAGGAGGACUCGAUGGGCAAUGCGAAAUGCAAGUGCAUUGGAAUCGCUGGGCUCAGCGGACAUCUCCUGGUCAAUGUUUCAAACCAGCAGUUUCGGUUCCCGAGCGAUCUGGGCUCCAGUUGCCGGAGCUGGGACCACGGACGGCAUCCAGACUGUCACGAGCAAGAACAGCCCGGCUGGUGCCAGCGGCAGUGGUGCUACGUGGACCCCUGCGCGUGCAACAUCGAAGAGCUCCCAAAGGUGUCGACUUACUUACCGAUGGCGAAUUACCGCAAGAAAGCCUUGUACUACUCCUACGAGACCUGUCACUCCUUCGACACAUUCACCUACGACUCGCACUCUGCUUGUGUGAACCAGGACACAAAGGCGAGAUGCCUGGCACUGGGCGGUGAUCCCGAUGACGCAGAGAUUCGCAAGUGUGCUUGGGGUGGUCCAGAGAUCAAAUGUUUGGGCAAAGAGCUACUGCACGUUUGCCAGCUUGGCAAUGAGACACAGAGCGACCUGUCCUGGUCGUUAUUCAACCGUGAAUCAUUGGGCGAUGCCAGGACACCUAAAGUCGCCUUUGCUGUGACGACCACCGUGUAUGCGUCUCUCGCAAUGUUGUUUGCGUGUGUCGUUCGAGGACUGUUUUGA